GAUGUACCACAGAAAUUUAGCACAUUUGAAUCCGUACGAGCUGCACAAGCACCUGAUCAAUGAAUAUAUUUUAACUCAACCCGGUGCAACAAAAUCGCUCCAACGAGACAGUUCGCGCGAUAAAACGGAUCAUGAUGUGAUUCGUGAGAAUCAUCGGUUUCUUUGGGAUAACGAAGCCGUCGAUAGUUGGGAAAAACAACUUUCGAAGAAGUAUUAUGAUAAGCUUUUCAAGGAAUACUGUAUUGCUGACCUCAGCCGUUACAAAGAAAAUAAGGUUGCCAUGCGCUGGAGGGUGGAGAAGGAAGUGGUUACUGGUAAAGGACAAUUCAUUUGCGGCGAUAGAAUAUGCGAAGAGCGGACUAAUCUUCGCAGCUGGGAAGUAAACUUUGGCUAUCUUGAACAUGGCGAGAAAAAGAAUGCUUUGGUCAAACUACGUUUGUGCUCGAAAUGCUCAGAUAAGCUUAACUACCACUCGAAAAAAAGAGAAGUUAAGCGAUUGAAGAAACGGGAUCGUAAAGGUAAAACCUUUAACUCAGAACCAACCUGUGGUAGUUUGACGACGGGUUUACCAACGACCCCGUCUUUUGAAGAAACCUAUUUGGCCGAAACAAGUACUGCAUUGAUGCAGCAUGAAGUUCAAGAGUUGUCAACAAGUAGCGGGUCAUUAAUAACGCAACCCGGAAGUAUAGAAGGAGAUUGGGCAAAAGGACCCGAACUCGAAGAAAAAACUCGCGAAGAAGAAUUUGAUGAAUAUUUGGAAGAACUAUUACUUUAAAUGAUAAUUAUAAAAAAUAAAAUCUAUCGUCAAAAAGACUAAACCAAAAAC